AUGAGCGACAAAUCCCCCAAGCUUUGCUCAGCCUGCGCUGCCAUCAAUUUCGACAAGCUGUUCUUUCCAGACCCGGCCCCGUUCAGUCCAGCCCACAGACAGUCUCCAGAUCCUUGUCUGGGUACACUACAGGAAAUCUUGGAUCGCUCAGAAGAAUGCGACGUCUGCAACUUCAUCGUCGAUGCUCACCGACAACGAUACAUACGAGCGCCCUACGGCUUCUCGGAGAAUCAUCCGGAUUUCAGAAGCAAAAUCAUAGGCGAAGAACCUGUAAUCCACGAGGAAGUCAAGACACACGGACUUCGACUCACAGUUAACGAUGAGCCGAUCAAAUGUUAUCUUGAAUCCCGAAACUUCUCCUCAGAUAAAUCAUGGUAUACAGAGGGCGGCCCUGCUCAUGGAACUGGGGCAGUGAGGCGCGUGCUGAUCAAGCUAGAGCCAUGUCCCUGGUUGGCUAUACUUGCCAACUCAAUUACUUUACAAGCUGUUUGGCCGUCAAAAGAAAGCCAAAAUGAAAGUCGAAUGAUCGGGCCUCUGCUAGACCUCUCACUCCCCAAGCGCUGGAUCAAACAAUGCGAAGACCAGCAUGCACAGCAGUGUCAAAAGCCCAAGUGGCUAAGCGAUAGCGAUGCCGAAUGGCCUGAGAGAUGUCGAGCAAUCGACGUAGUGGAACAUAGGAUCGUUGAUCUACUUCCAAACAUGCGCUACGUUGCUCUAAGCUAUGUUUGGGGAUCUAGCGAAGAGGCGAGACAAUCGCGCUUCGAGAGACGGUUGACUCGAGAGAACCUGUCGCGACUUCAACAACCCAACAGCCUCGGGGAGAUCUCUAUGCCUCAAACUAUCAAAGACGCUAUGUAUGUUACAGAACAGGUCGGCGAGAGGUAUCUCUGGGUUGACGCCUUUUGUAUCGUACAAGAUGACCCUACAGAUCUUGGACAUCAGACAGCAAGGAUGGAUUUGAUAUACUCCAGGGCUCUCUUUACUGUAUUGGCUGCUUGUGGCAAAGAUUCAAAUUCAGGACUUGCAGGACUCCCUAGUAAUCCACGAGACGUCUAUCAACGCCAAGUCAAAGUUUCAUCGAGCGGGCUACACGUCACGCCGCUCGUUACUCUGACCGAAGAGGAUACGCUACAGUACUCGUCGUGGAAUACAAGAGGCUGGACGUUCCAAGAGCGUCUUUUGUCUAGACGCUCGCUUAUCUUCACCAACAAGCAAGUUUACUGGUGUUGUGAUGCCACGACAUGGGAGGAAGAGUCACUUCUUGACAUCCCCGGGUCAACAGCCUAUGCUAGAUCCCAUUCAUUCGGAUGUUACGACGAAUGGGACGAUAACCAAGCCAAAUUCUCCACGGAAAGUUUCGACCAGUAUAUUACACAAUUUUCGACGCGAAGGUUCACUUACCCUUCUGAUGUCCUCCCCGCCUUUCUUGGCAUCAUUCGUCGCUUUGAGCAUCUGAACAAUGAGAAGACACACUGGGGUUUGAACGCUAGCACAUUUGAUCAAGCUUUGGUAUGGAAGUAUGGACAGGAUCGACGAGAUGAGAUGUAUACUUAUGCUCUCGGCGGAUCGACGCGCAGCGUACCGUAUCCUAGUUGGUCCUGGCUUGGGUGGACAGGGUUCAUUGGUAGCUACAGUCUCAGCGUCGGGAAGCAUCACGUCGGAGAGGUGAGGUCGCUUCUGGCGUUUUACUCUUUGAUGAGUGAUGGCAGUGUAUCUUUGAUCAAGGGCACUUCACUAAGGAGAGUUAACGAUUACGGAAAGGAAGGCGAUGCCGUGUCUACAACUGCUCAGAAGUCUAGCUACGAUUGGAUCGAGGAUACAAAAGUGGCCGGUCCGAUCAAAAUGACUGAUAUCUCAGUAACCUCGCAAUUGGAAUCACUUGAGCUCGAAACGUCUCAUCGAGAUCUUACGCCUUACGACACAGGACGGAUAGUAUUCCGGACAAGCCACGCCAAUGUUUCCAUCCAGGUCACCAAUCGAGACGGCAUACACAUGGAAACAUCCGAUGGGCUAGUCAAGCUUGACUUGAGGCUAUCAUCGCCAUUCAUGCAGGGAUCUUACAGCCUCUUUGAAGAAGUUUUGAAGAAAGAGAGCGAUCCGGCCAAGAGCAAGGUGGUGAACUUCUUGGGAAGACGAUCCGUUUCAACAAGUCAUGAAAUUAGCCUCAUUGUCAUUUCGAGACAGUAUGGGUAUGAUGAAGCUGAUGAUGAGGAGGUGAAGUUGAACGUCAUGGCUGUUGAAGAAAAGGUACCUGGGUCGGGGGUCUGGAGUCGGAUUGGUCUUGGUGUUAUGAAAGAGGAGGAUUGGGUAAAGUUAGAUAUUGAUUGGAGAAUGGUGGUUCUUGAAUAA